AUGGGUGCCUUCUCUUCUCGUGCCACAAUUACUACUCAACCCAACCUCACCGGCCGUGUUUUGAUGGUAACGGGUGCCAAUCGGGGAAUCGGAUUUGAGACUGCGAAGCAGCUGUACAGAAUGGGAGGAACAGUGUAUCUGGGCGUGCGCUCCGAGGAAAAUGCGCGACGAGCAAUGGAACUUAUCCGUGCCGACGUCCCAAGCUCAGACGGCCAGUUGAAAUGGCUUCCGUUGGACUUGUCAACCGUAGGGAAAACAAGAGAGUCGGCCGAGGCAUUUUUAAAGGCCGAAGAUCGGUUGGACGUCUUGAUCAACAAUGCCUGUAUAGGUGAUGCUCCUUUUGAGCUGAAUGAUGACGGAAUAGAAAAUAUGAUGGCAACAAACCAUGUUGGCCAUUACGUUCUUACAACGACGUUGCUAGACUUGAUGAGACAGACAAGUACUGAAAAAGGUUCUGAUGUCCGUAUAGUUAAUGUUUCUUCGACCGUCCAUAAUGCCUGGAGCAGAAAAACUCAAAUAUCUUUCUCUGAUCCACUCGACAUAAGUAAACCGUUCCCUUCGAAAAACCCAAAUACUUGGUCUCAUACCAUUGCUCGUUAUAGUCGUACAAAGCUCGCGAAUCUGCUUUUCACAAAAGAGCUACAACGCAGAUUAGAUAGCGAGGGAUCCAGCAUCAUUGCUGUAUCUGUUCAUCCAGGCUACGUAGCAACAGCUGCAGCCCGGGAGUCAACAGCCAAAAUGCCUAUUUUGGGCUGGAUUUCAGAAAUUCUCGUAAAGCUGUUCUUCAUUGACGAAGCUGCUGGAGCUCGGAACAGCGUAUAUGCUGCUUCAGACCCAACGGUCCGUUCCGAUUCACAAAAGCACCGAGGUAGUUUUAUUACUCCUGUUGGAAAGAUUGCUACUCCCUCAGACUUGGCCCAAAAUCAGGACUUGGCAAGAGACUUGUGGAAUUUGACCGAGAAACUUGUAUAUCAGCGCAUGAAUCCAUGA